AUGAUCAGGAGAGAGCGGAUGAGUGCGGAAACAAGGUCAAGGAAUGGGGCCGAGUGGUGUGGGCAGGAUUUGUUGGGUGGUGCUGAGGGAUGUAAAUCGUGGCCUAAUCAAGGAACGGCAGAGAAGAAGAAGGAGAAGAAGAAGAAGAAGAAGAAGGAGGAGAAGAAGAAGAAGGAGGAGAAGAAGAAGAAGAAGAAGAAGGAGAAGAAACAAAAAUCCAACAACACGAUCAAGAUUUACAAUGAAAGUUACCACCUAUUCCAUCUCUCCACCCGCUGGAAGGAAGAGGGGAUGACGCUAUGGAUGGUGACCGAGCUCUAG